GAGGAUCGCUGUUGCUUGUAUCUUGUGAUGGAGCUUUGUGAAGGUGGAGAACUUUUUGACCGUUUGGUGGAAGAAAAGUACCUGACAGAACCCACCGUAAGAAAAGUUAUGAAGCAGGUGUUUUCGUCCAUCGCAUAUUGUCACACAAAAGACGUAGUUCAUCGUGAUUUGAAACCUGAGAACUACAUCCUUCUUUCAAAGUGCAAAGCUGUGGAUCAAACACCAGUGAAACUCAUUGACUUCGGUUUGGCAAAUCGCUGUGAAGAAUCACAGCAACUACAUACAGCUGUGGGCACCUCGUACUAUGUUGCUCCUGAAGUGCUGAAUCAGAAGUACGGAAAGAGCGUCGACGUCUGGAGCUGCGGGGUACUCAUGUAUUGCCUGCAUUGCGGGUCGCCGCCCUUCUUCGGCAAGACGGACAUCGAGGUUUUAAAGAAAGUGAAAAGAGGUCAUUACAGUAUGGGGGGCAGCAUCUGGUCGUCAGUCUCAGCAUUGGCGAAAGAUUUGAUCCGUGGAUGUUUGGAGAUGGAUCCAGCCAAGCGGCUCACAUCUAUGCAGGCCUUGAACCAUGGAUGGUUUCAGGUUCACAAUAGCACAGCCCUCUUGGACGCAAAGGUCCUUGGAAAUCUCCGCAAUUUCAGCGUGGCAAACCGAUUUCAAAAGGCUGCCAUGACUGCGGUAGCAUACCAGCUCACUACGGAGGAGCAAGCAGAACUGCGAGAAGUAUUCACGAAACUUGAUGCCAACAGCGAUGGCUAUUUGAGCUUUCAGGAGAUCAAGCAAGGGAUGGAAUGUCAGCUCAACGAAGCACACUUCCCGAAUCUCUCCGAGAUUUUGGCGAGCAUGGACACCAAUAAUGACGGCAAGAUCGAGUACACAGAGUUCAUAGCUGCAGCAAUGGACCACCGCCUACAACGCAACGAGUCUCUUUGUUGGCGUGCCUUCAAAGCGUUCGACAAGGAUGACGACGGCAAAAUCACUCUCUCAGAGUUAAAGCAAGUGCUGAAAGAUGAUGAACUUCAACAAGAGGUGCCUAGCAGCAGAAGUUCCAGUUUCUACUUUGAUGCCAUGGACACUGAUGGAAAUGGCGAGGUGUCCUUUGAAGAGUUUAUGGAUAUGUUGUAUUCGCAGAGCUCCCCGCAGAACCGCAAAGCGAAAUCAACGAACUUGGAAGUGCUUGUGACUUCGAUCGACUCAGACACUCCACAGUAGUUACUGCAGCAAUUGCUGCAGCUCACGAGUGCAGAGGUACAGAUCCAGCAGGUGUCGUGCAUUGUCUUGUCAGAGAUCCUGAAAGCUGCAAAGACAUCUGACACAUGGAAACUUGUGAGUUGUAACAUCUUGUAACAGUUAAAUGGAAAGUUCCCUAAUUUGUUCCGAUCAGGAAGAAACGCUGAAGUGGUCAUAGUGCAUGAUCUUUGAGACUGCUGAAUUCUUUUCGCUGAGAAGAUUGUCAGCGUGUGGAAGCAUCUUUUGUGCAGUUGUUUGCAGCAAGGAAUGGUACAUGAAAGACUCAACUCCCUGAUCCCUGCCACCCGUCGCCACUGCAUAUCGUUUCGUCAGGCAAGAAGUUUCUUCACACUGCGGAUUGCAAAGCUGAUGAGGAAAAUAGGCAAAAA